CAUCUCCAUUCUCCAGCAGCCAGAAAGUAGCUUUACAAGUAUCAAGGAGGAAAUGGAGGUUACUGGACUAUAGCUUCUACCACAAAUGUUCCAGCCUAUACAACUGCUCCGGCCUAUACAACUGCUCCUCAAACAUGGAAGUAGAUCACACAACAUUAUCUGUUCCCUUAGGACCCUAACUUCGGGAAAUUCUCUCCAAGAUUCAUCUCUUUCCACCACUGCUGUUUCAAAAGAUGACUACUUUGCUGCUAUCCACCACAUUUCUAACAUUGUUCGUCGUGAAGUGCAUCCAGAGCGCACUCUUAACCGCAUGAACCUUUCUGUGAAUUCAGAACUUGUCUUCCGCGUACUUCGUUCCUGCUCCAACUCACCUACAGAAUCUCUUUGCUUCUUCUCAUGGGCCCGUUCCCACUAUACCCCCACAUCUGUCGAAUUUGAGGAGCUCAUCAAGACCCUUAUUCGCCAUAGAAAGUAUGAAUCCAUGUGGAAAACCAUUCAACAAAUGCAAAAGCAGCAGCUUACCCUUUCUUGUGAUACUCUCUCUUUUAUCAUUGAAGAGUAUGGGAGGAACGGCCUUGCUGACCAGGCUGUGGAAGUUUUCAACAGAAGCACUAAUUUAGGUUGCAAACAAACCGUAAGUGUUUACAAUUCAUUGCUCUUUGCGCUUUGUGAGGUGAAGAUGUUCCAUGGAGCAUAUGCGUUAAUCCGGAGGAUGAUCAGGAAAGGUGAGGUACCAGACAAGAGGACAUAUGCAAUUCUGGUGAAUGGUUGGUGCUCUGCCGGGAAGAUGAAAGAGGCACAAGACUUCUUGGAGGACAUGAGCAAGAAGGGGUUUAAUCCUCCAGUUCGAGGUCGAGAUUUGUUAAUUGAAGGUUUGUUGAAUGCAGGUUAUCUUGAAUCAGCCAAGAAAAUGGUGAGGAGAAUGACUAAGGAAGGGUUUGUUCCUGACGUUGCAACAUUCAAUUCAUUGACGGAAACAAUUUGUAAAACCGAGGAGGUUGAUUUCUGCAUCGAUAUGUACCACAGUGUUUGUAAAUUGGGGUUUUGUCCAGAUAUUAAUACUUACAAAAUCUUGAUACCUGCAGCUUCGAAAGUAGGUCGGAUUGACGAGGCUUUUAUUCUUUUAAAUAAUUCAAUUGAACAAGGUUAUAGACCAUUCCCUAGUUUGUAUGCACCUAUAAUCAAAGGCUUGUGUAGGAAAGGGCAGUUUGACGACGCGUUUAGCUUUUUCAGCGAGAUGAAGAUCAAGGGUCAUUCUCCGAACAGACCAGUCUAUACAAUGCUGAUAACAAUGUGCGGGCGCGGUGGCAGAUUUGUGGAGGCGGCGAAUUAUUUGGUGGAGAUGACUGAGUUGGGUUUAGCACCGAUUUCAAGGUGUUUUGACAUGGUCACUGAUGGUUUAAAGAAUUGUGGGAAGCAUGAUUUGGCUAAGAGAAUAGAGCAGUUGGAGGUUUCACUUCGACGUGCUUGA